CUUUCUAAUGCCAUUUAACGUUGAAAUACAAGUUACCCCUUGUAAUUUUAAUCUAUAUACAUAAGUAUACCUUACGUAUGUUACGAUUAUGUCUGUCAUCUGAAUUUUGUUUUAUUCAGGCAGUUUUAUAACGCGAUUUUGUUAAAGAAAAGGGACAUUUUCCUCAUUUUCCAAGAUUUGGGGCAAACGUUAACAAUCGCAAGCCAAUGUUAGCAUGUUAGGUGCUAAUGUUAGCAUCCAACAUGCUAACAUGUUAGAUGUUAGAUUUAUUUAACCCUACAACCUUUAACUAACACAAACUGGAAACAUAAACACAAAUUGGAAAUUAAAAUAGAAGACUAACAUUACUAAUGUUCAGUAUGAAGAGGUACGUGUUAUGUCUAGUGUAAUAAAGUUAAUAAUUGUUGGCAUUGACCUGGAGGUAUAUGGAAGCUAUUGGAAAAAAAACUGUCAUUAACUAGUUUUGUUUAAUGUAAAAAUUAAGUUAUUAUCAAGGUAGCCUUAUCUAAAAAACCCCACGCGUUAAGUUCGCUAUAUGUUCGAUAAUAACUCAUUAAGUUUGUUAUUAGCUUACGGUGCAUUAAAGGGAGAGUUGGCAAUGUGCUUUAAAUAGGAAGUGUAAUUUGAAAAUUCACACCGGAAGUGUGGUUGUUGACGGUAAAUGUCGGUGGUAUUUUGGAAAUCAAAUCCUGUGUGUGCUCGGUUUCCUCGUUCUGUCAACGUCAGAGUGCUUACAAGUUAACACAGAAUAAUAAUGUAACGCCAGUUAAAGCUCACACCAGACGACCACGACCGACUGUUUCCUGUCCGUCUUUCGGCUCAAAAUGGAGGACGUGAGCCAAACGGUUUUAAGUGCUGUUGAGAAGUUCAAGAAAAGUGAGCAUGUUGCCUUUUACAGGCGUCAGAUCCAGGGCCCAAACAUGCAGCACCAGGCCCUGCUGGACACCAUGGUGCUCACUGAGAAGGGGGCCCAACUGGAACUGUUUGAGCCCGACACGCAGACGUCACUGCUUCUGUCUGUGUCGCCUUGUAAAAAUGACACAGUAAGGAUACUGAUAGAUGAGCUCCAUCCCAUCAAAGCCCGCUACCGAGUCCCAGAUGUGAUUGUGGGGGAGGCACAGCGCGAACAGUUGAGAGUGGAGAAACGGUGUCAGGACUCCGUCACCCUCUCCUGGUCUUCGGGACGCCACCGGCUUUGCGUGUGGCGUUUCCCCUUUCGGCUGGAGAUCCUGCGUGAAGACGAAGUGAUGGUCACAUUCAACUCUAAAGGCAAACUGUGGUUGGAGACUCUGCAGGAUCCUCCCAGCGCCACCUCGUCUGGUAAUGAGGAGGACCACACGAGUUCAUCGUGGAAAGAGACUUUCAGGCAGUUUGUGGAUAUCAAGGCUAAUGGUCCCAGCAGCAUUGGGUCUGACUUGUGUUUUCACGGGUUCAGUCACGUGUUCGGUCUACCAGAGCACGCCGACAGCCUUCAGCUCAGAGACACCAGAGAUGGCGAACCUUACCGCCUCUAUAACCUGGAUGUGUUUGCCUAUGACUUGUACAGCCGCCUCGGCCUGUAUGGCUCUGUGCCGCUGGUGGUGGCACACAAGACCGACAGGACCUUGGGUGUAUUUUGGCUGAAUGCAUCCGAGACGUUUGUGAAUGUUCAUUACAGCACAUCUGAGCCUCAGGAGGAGCAAACACCCCCGGUGAAGAGGAGGCGGCUGCAGCCUCACACCGACGUCCACUGGCUGUCGGAAAGCGGUGUGAUCGACUGCGUGGUUCUGCUGGGGCCCAGUCCACAGCGGCUCUUCUCCCAGUACGCUCAGCUGACUGGAUAUCAAGCCCUCCCCCCUCUGUUUGCACUCGGGUACCAUCAGUGCCGUUGGAACUACAACGACGAAGCUGAUGUGAAGGCUGUGGAUGCUGGGUUUGACCUCCACAACAUUCCCUACGACGUUAUGUGGCUGGAUAUUGAGCACACGGACGGGAAGCGAUAUUUUACCUGGGACUCCACUCUUUUCCCUGAGCCGGCCGGCCUGCAGCGCCAUCUGGAGGAGAGGAAGAGAAAACUUGUAGUUAUAAAUGAUCCACACAUCAAGGUUGAUCCUGAUUGGCCGUUGUACCGUGAGGCCAAAGACGGAGGCCAUUUUGUCAAGCACAGAGAGGGGCAGAUCUAUCAGGGCUCAUCCUGGCCUGGUGAGUCCUCUUUCCUUGACUUCAGCAACCCGGACACUCGCGCGUGGUACUCCAGGUGUUUUGGCCUUGAUAAGUACAAGGGAUCAACCACAUCUUUAUUUGUGUGGAAUGACAUGAACGAGCCGUCGGUGUUCGACGGGCCCGAGCAGACAAUGCCCAAGGAUGCAGUGCAUCAUGGGGGAUGGGAACACCGCGAAUUACACAACCUGUACGGCUUUUACCAACACAUGGCCACAGCAGAGGGUCUGAUCACUCGCUCAGGUGGCCUAGAGAGACCUUUUGUCCUUUCACGCUCCUUCUUUGCUGGGUCACAGAGACUUGGAGCAGUAUGGACUGGUGACAACGCUGCCACGUGGGAGUAUCUGAAGAUCUCGAUCCCAAUGCUUUUGUCUCUAAGUGUGGCAGGGAUAUUGUUUUGUGGAGCUGAUGUCGGCGGGUUUGUUCAGGACCCGGAGCCGGAGCUGCUGGUGCGCUGGUACCAGGCAGCCGCCCUGCAGCCGUUUUUUCGAGGUCACUCUGCCAAGUGGACAAAGCGCCGGGAGCCCUGGCUGCUGGGGAAGGAAGUCACGGCUGCGAUCCGCACUGUGAUCCAGCAGAGGUACUGUUUGCUGCCAUACUGGUACACUCUAUUCCACGAGGCCCACACCUCAGGUCUGCCUCCCCUCAGACCUCUGUGGGUGGAGUUCCAGAGAGAACAGAGCACCUUCACUGUGGACAACCAGUAUAUGAUUGGUGGAGCACUGCUGGCUUGUCCUGUAACUGAACCGGGCGUUCGGGAAGUCACAGUCUUACUUCCUGGAUCUGAUGAGGUGUGGUAUGAUGUCCACUCUGCAAAGCAGCAUGAAGGAGGGAGGAUGCUGAGUCUUCCAGUCAACCUGAGCACAGUUCCUGUGUUCCAGCGUGGCGGCUCGGUGGUCUGCAGGUCAACAGGAAGUGGCUCCUGCACAGCCGAAUUCCAGCAGCUCCCCCUCUCCAUCACUGUGGCCCUCAGCUCUCAGGGCGUCGCUGAAGGUGAGCUGUACCUGGACGACGGCCACUCCUUCGGUUACCGCGACAGGAAGGCCUUCUGCCUGCGCAGGUUCAGCGUGCUGUCGGGCCGUCUGCUCUGCCGUCGUGGCGGUGAGGGAGGAGCUUUUGACUGUGACACUGUGAUACAGUCGGUCACCAUCCUGGGGGUGAAGGACAAACCAUCCACGGUGGUUGUGCGCAUGUCAGGUGCUGAAGACACCUGUGCUGCAUUUCAGUACUCAGAGACCUGCUGCACGCUGACGCUGAGCAGCCUGAACCUCCGAGUGACGGCGGACUGGGAGAUUCAGAUACUGUAGGUUAACUGUGUGAUGUGUCGGUCACUGGUUUUAACUCUGAUGGAUUUUUUUGUCUUAGUCGUGCAAAGAGAAUGUGAGGCAAACCUUGUUUUUACAAGGUGUGUUUUUACCAGCAAAGUACAAUAAUUGAUUGAAUGUAUUUGAAAUGAAAUGAGGACUUAAAGUGGAGUGCAGCUAACAAAUCAGUCUCAAAACAGGUGGAAAAGGGACGCCGCAGCUGUUUUAAUUAUUUUACUUGUACUGAACUUCUUUUCACUUUUGAGCACUUUAAGGAAAAGUAUUGCCAGCUGGCAAAUCCCUCCAAAGGCUUCAUCACCGAGUGCCAUCAUAACUUCUCUCUCUUCUGUCGCAUUAGUUGACUGAAUGUUGUAAACAUCAAGAAAACAAAAGAGAUGUGUUUUAAUCUGUGAAUGUUGAGAUUGAUUUUGAUGUUAAUCAGCCACGCAGUGACGUGCUUUCAGAGUUGUGGAGUGACAGUUUACUGAAUUAAAGAACUGAUGUGCAGCUUCCAA